AUGAAAGAUGCUAUCAGAAAUCAAAAGUCGCUAUAUGGCGUUCAACAUGAUUUGAAGAAUCGGCAUAAAAAGUGGAAAGUAGAAAAAGUUAACACUUUGUCUACACCUCAACUUGAUUUCACAUACCUUCUUCCUGAGCGCAGAACUAUCGAUGAACUCGUGCAUCUCUACUUUGAUACCUUCGAGUCUGUGUAUCGCAUCAUCCAUGUCCCAAGCUUCUGGGAAGAAUAUGCCAAGUUCUCGCGAGAUCACCAAUCAACCUCAUCAGCCUUUGUUGUCAUCGUCUUACUAUUAAUGUCCUGCACAAGUUGCAUCCAACGCAACAAGCAAACUCAAUAUGUUGGCGAUAGUUCACUAGAAAGAGAGCGCGCAAUUAUGUGGAUUGAGGCAUCAGAGUCCUGGCUUCGGUCACACAGUCAGAAGAACAUUUACUUGGCUGUUUGGCAGAUCCGUUGUUUACUAGUUCUUUCCAAGCAAGUGAACACAGUUAAAAAGAAGCGACAUUGGACUGAAGCGGGUACACUGGUUAGAGAGGCGAUGGCUGCUGGAUUCCACCGUGAUCCAGUCCUUCUAGGAGGGAAGAUCUCGGCAUUUGAUCGUGAAAUGAGACGUCGGUUAUGGGUUACUAUGACUGAAUUGGAGCUUCAAUCUUCGACUGAUCGUGGAAUGAUCUCUACAUCAGCGGGAAUCUUCACUGAUACUAAGGGAGUGCAGAAUAUUGAGGAUAAAGAUCUAACUGACGAACCUCAGCCGGAGGAACUAGAGAAUCAAGGCUCUGUCGAGUACACCUCAAGCUCAUUUCUCUACUUUUCAAACACAAGCUUCUCACUACGGGUGAAGUUGAACUCAAUGGUCAACGAUAUGAGUUCCCCGUUACGAUAUGAAGAGGUCAUGCACCACGAGGAACUAAUCACAAAGGAACUCCAACAACUUCCGCCCUGGAGAUCCGUGCAAUCAUCUCCGGAUAAACCUGGAUUCUCGCUAGUAGCGAGAACACUACUGGAUAUUCAACUCCGCCAAUACUUAAUCAUGCUUCAUGGUCCCUUCGCUCGACAAUCGGAAAGCAGUUCUCGACAUGCACUAUCUAGAAUGAUCUGCUUUGACGCCGCAGCUAGCAUACUCGAUCAAUAUGUACGACUUAAUGAAUGCCAAAACUCAAUGCUCCUACUCCUUCGCCACGAUUACUUCCGCGCCGCAUUGGUCAUAUGUCAAAAUUCAUAUAUCUCGAUAAGUCUCAAAAGUACUGAAUUCUUCCCUGGUUGUUGA